AUGGCGACCAACCCCCCACAGCUCUUCCUCCUAGCCGACCACAUCAAACUCUCACUACUCGAGCGCCAACGCGCCCUCUCCCUCAACCUCCCUUCCAACAGCCAAGAUAGCCAGAUCUCGCGGUCGCUAGAGCAAUUGCGCUCCGGCAUCGAGUCGCUGGAGUCGCAAGUGCAAGACACCUCGGACGAAUCAAUAACAUCACAACUUCCCCGCCUACGCACCCAGCUCUCAGAACUAACCUCGCAAUUCACACCCAACACCACUACCACCACUACCUCACCAACCCUAACAUCCCCCAACGACCCCUCCUUAACCGCUGACUUCGCCGCCGCCCAAAAGAAGAAAUCUACCACCACCACCACCACCCGCCAAACCUCCAAAUCCGUCCGCUUCAGCGACAACGACGACACAGAAGACGAUGAUCCCAACCGCUCAUCCCUCUUCCCCUACCGCGACGACCCCUCCCCUUCCACACCCGACGUUUCCACACUCGACAACCAGCAAAUCCACGCCUACCACGACCGUGUGAUCCGCGACCAAGACGACCAGCUUGACCAGCUCAGUUCGAGUAUCGGCCGCCAACGCGAGCUCUCCAUGCAGAUUGGCGAUGAGCUCGACGGGCAAGUCAUGUUGCUGGAUGAUGUGGAAGAAGGUGUUGAUAGACACGCAGCGCAGUUUGUGAGGGCGAGGGGCCGGCUAGAUAGGUUUUCGAGGAAAGCGAGGGAGAAUUGGAGCUUGACUGUUAUUGUCGUGUUGAUUAUUAUUUUGGUCUUGUUGAUUGUUAUUACAAAGUAG